GUUUCUCUGUGUCUACCGUAAGCCCAGCGGCGACUUCGACUUGCAGUUCCAGGAUGUGGUGGCUGCCUUCACGACCAAGCUGCCAUCCCUGCUCGACUACUUCCCUCCACUGGCGUGCCGCAUCGUGGCCGACCCGCGCUCGGGGCUCCCGGAGUUGGACUGCGACAACCAGGGCGCGGAGGUGGUGGUGUGUGAGGUGGGCGAGGAACUGGGGAGCCUGCACUAUGGCGACCUGGAGGCAUCGCUGGCGAGGAUCGGCGUCCCCGUCCAGCGGGGCGCGGACGGGGUCGCUGUGUCCCUGCAGCUGGUGUCGUUCGCCUGCGGCGGGUUCGCCGUGGUCUGGGGAAGCAGCCAUGUGUUCCUCGACGGGUGCGCGCAGUGCAUGAUCAUCAACGCGUGGUCCGAGCUCGCCGUCGCCGGGAAGAUCUCCGCCGCGCCACCGAACCACAAUCGCUCGGUGUUCCAACCCCGGGCCCCGCCGGCGUACGACUCCUCUUCCAUCGGGGAGUUGUUCGCGGUCGCGCCGGCGCCGCCGCUGGAGAAGGCCCUCACGGCUGAUGCUGAGGCUGAGACUUGCUUUGUGGGGCGCACCUACUACCUCGAGAAGCGGGACCUGGCGAUGCUCCGCGCUCAGGCGGCUGCCUAGCUAAGCCAAAACACAAGUCCAAGCCGCAUGGAGGCGGUGUCAGCGUACCUGUGGAAGGUGUUGGCCACCACGGUCGGCUCGUCGUCGUCGGACGAGAGAUGCCGCAUGGCCUGGUGGGUGAACGGGCGGAGGCAUCUCACCACCACAGCGCCGGCGGAAGCGAUGCGCGACUACUUUGGCAACGUCACGUCGUACGCGGUGGCGGAGGCAGACGUGGAAGGGAUCAAGCGGCGGCCACUCCAUGAAAUCGCGUCGAUGAUGCGCGAGUCCAUCAAGUCCACGGCUACCGACGAGCACUUCCAGCAGCUGGUGGACUGGGUGGAGGACCACAAGGGCAAAAGCAAGCAGGGUGCAGCGGCCACGUACGUCGAGGCUGCCACUCUCGGGCUAGGCAGCCCGCUGCUGGGCGUCACCUCCUUCGCGUCCUUCCGUUUCAACACUGAUUUUGGUUUCGGCCAAGCAGCAUAUGCCAUGCCCAUCUGGGUGGACUUGAAGUUAGGCUGUGGCUUCAUGACCGUCACAACCUCCCCCGACGGCUCUUGCUUGUUCUUUAGCAUGUCCAUUUCGUCCAAGCUCGCCGCCGUCCUAGAAUCCGACGAGCAGCGCAUUUUCAAGCCUCUCACCGCUGAGUAUCUCCGGCUCACAUGAAACAGCUAGCUCUGUGCCAGCGGCUCCACAGGACACAAAUAAGGUUAAUUUAUAUCUACAAGGUG